AUGCUGGUAACCUAUUUGGAAGCCAGCCGGGACCUUUGCGAGACGGACUCAGUUCUUUUUGGCGCCGCAGUGGCAGCUUGCCGUAUUAUUGGCGCCAAACUUCCCAUGGCUGGACGCGCUACUAAACAAAGUAGCGCCAUCCCAGCCUGGAGAAAAAGAAUUGAGGACCGUAUCGCAAAGGCAAGGGCCCUUAUCGGCAGACUGAUAAGCUUCAGGUCGGGUAAUAAUAGACCGAGGGUUGUGCGCACCGUUAGAAUGGCGUUUGCUGGGACAAAUAUCAGUUUGUCCCAGCCGGAUAUCACGCAGAAACUAACGGAGCGCAUAGACGACCUGAAGCAAAAGAUUGCCGCUUGGGGGAAGCGGAUUCGCCGAUUUACCGAGAGGUCAAGGCGGUUCAACCAGAAUCGUCUCUUCCAGAGUGAUCAAAGAGGCUCUACAAAUCAUUGGAGCGACCAGAGGUAUGUGGAGCGGGCCCAGGACCGGAUCAGGCUAACACUGUCGCAUUUUGGCGUGGCCUGUGGUCAGAGCCCGUAA